ACUUUUGUUUAAUUUAGCAUGGAGAGAUAUUUCAAGAAAAAAGUAGAAGGAGAUGAUCAGAAAAAGUUAUGUGAAGAAACAAAUACACAAUUCAAACAAUGCCGUGUAGAAAUAAAUUUUGCAGAUAUUCCUGCCGAUCCUGGAUUGAGAAAAAAAAUAUUUGAUUAUCAUCCUAAUGAAAGGGAUUGUGUUAGGAGACAUUACUUGUUGAAAGGACCGUUCCAACCGCGUGAUCAUGAUUUUCCACGUACACAAUUCGGUGAUAAAAUUCGUCGAUUUAAUCCUGCAUGGUAUGAUGAUCACAAAGCUUGGUUAGAGUACUGUAUAACUAAGGAUGCAGCGUUCUGUUUGUUUUGUUAUUUGUAUGGACCUCAACUUGGAGAACAAUCAAAUGGUGACAGUUUUGAUUCAAAGGGUUUUAAAAAUUGGAAAAAAAAAGAACGAUUGCAGAUUCAUGUUGGUAAUAAGAACAGUUCACAUAACAUUGCUAGGCGAAAAUGUGAAGAUUUAAUGAAUGAAAAUAGUGAUAUAAGAUUUGCUUUUGAAAGACCUACAGAACAGAAUCGCAAAGAUUAUCGUACACGAUUAAAUGCAAGUGUUGAUUGUGUACGUUUCCUUUUACAGCAGGGGUUAGCAUUCCGUGGGCAUGAUGAAUCAGAGGAUUCUGAGAAUAAAGGAAAUUUUCUUGAACUUCUGAGCUUUCUUGCUAAACACAAUGAAGAUAUAAGUAAAGUUGUUUUGGAUAAUGCUCCUGGAAAUAAUAAAUUAAUUUCUCCUGAAAUCCAGAAAGAAAUAACAGAAGCUUCUGCAAUUGAGGUCUCUAAUGUCAUAAUCAAUGAAUUGAAAAAUGAUGUAUUCUCAAUUUUACUAGAUGAAGCACGAGAUAUAUCAGUCAAAGAACAAGUUGUCGUUGCUUUACGUUAUGUUGAUUUGCGAGGAUGUAUCAUUGAGCAUUUUAUUUGGAUUGUUCAUGUAGGCGAUACAACAGCUCCAACACUAAAAUUGGCCAUUGAAGCUUUAUUUGCAAAGUAUGGUUUGAGUGUGGCUCAACUUCGAGGACAAGGGUAUGAUGGAGCAAGCAAUAUGCGGGGUGAGUUUAAUGGAUUGAAGACUUUGAUCAUGAAAGAAAAUUGUUCAGCUUAUUAUGUCCAUUGCUUUGCACACCAACUCCAGUUAGCAUUAGUUGCAGUCGCAAAAAAUCAUGUUCAAGUUGCUUCUUUCUUUAAUAUUGUAACAAGCCUGUUAAAUAUUAUUGGUAGUUCAUGCAAAAGAAGAGAUAUGCUAAGAGGAAAACAUUAUGACAAAAUAAUUGAGCAACUAGAAAGUGGAGGAGCUACAACAGGUCGCGGUUUAAAUCAAGAAAUUGCAGUUCAAAGACCAGGAGACACUCGUUGGGGUUCUCAUUAUAAUUCACUUAUCAUCUUAAUUCUACUGUUUGGGUCUAUAUUGGAGGUUCUUGAGAUAUUGAUACAUGAGGGAUCUAGUAGUGAACAAAGAGGCGAAGCGUAUUCUUUACUUGAAUCUAUGCAAACUUUUGAAUUUAUUUUCAAUUUGCAUAUGAUGAAGCUCAUAUUAGGAGUUACAAAUGAGUUAUCUCAAGUACUGCAAAGAAAGGAUCAAGAUAUUAUAAAUGCUAUGACUUUGGUUAAAGUUUCCAAACAAAGACUUCAAAAUAUGAGAAAUGAUGGUUGGGAUAAUUUGUUUAAAGAAGUUGGAUUAUUUUGUGAGAAGAAUAACAUAAAUGUUCCAAACAUGAUUGACACAUUUGUGAUGCAAGGAAGAUCAAGGCGUCGUACGGAAAGUAUAACAAAUAAACAUCAUUAUCAAAUCGAAUUAUUUUACACUGUUAUAGAUAUGCAACUUCAAGAACUCAACAACAGGUUUGAUGAAAUUAACACAGAAUUACUUAUGUGUGUGGCAUGUUUAAAUCCAUAUCAGUCAUUUUCAGCAUUUGAUAAAGAACGAUUGAUUCGUCUUGCAAAAUUUUAUCCGUUAGAUUUUUCAGAAAUGGAUCUCAUCAUAUUAGACAAUCAAAUUGAAAGUUUUAUUAUUGAUGUGAGAUCGAAUGAUGCAUUUAUGAAUUUAAAAGGACUUGGAGAACUUGCUCAGAAAAUGGUGGAGACCAGAAAGAAUGAUAUUUUUCCUUUGGUGUUCUUACUUAUAAAACUUGCUUUAAUAUUGCCAAUUGCUACCGCAACAGUUGAACGGGCAUUUUCUGCAAUGAACAUUAUAAAGAAUCGUUUACGCAAUCGUAUGGGAGACUCUUGGAUGAAUGAUUGUUUACUUACUUAUAUUGAAAAGGAUAUAUUUAAUAAUGUUGACAACGACUUGAUUGUACAACGAUUUCAAAAAAUGAAGACUAGGCAGGAAGAAAUUAUAGAUGAUAGAUAA